ACUUGAUGCCACAGCCUACAAACAAUCAAUCCAAUACAUAGAUUAAAUUUGCACCGCUACAGGAGCUAGAUUUAGAAGUGUAAAGAACUAAGAAGCGGAGCUAAAACAUGGGGACACAUUCGUCAAUGAGAGCAGUUGGUGCUAUUCUUCAUAGAAUCUCAAAUGGCGCCUCUUCAAAAUGCUCUUUCAAUUCAUUUGCUCUUUCUAAAAAUUGUUUGCUUAGCGGGAAUCAAUUUUCAUCAGCAUCAUCAACAUCUUCAUGGGUUCACUUAUAUGAAGUGAAAUACUGUAACUAUCAGCUCAGGACGAUACGGACAUUCCCUCCUGUUUGUAUGGGCAGGCGUUCCUGCAAAAUUGCUGGCCGAAAGGGGGCUCAAGAUGCAAAGAAGGCAAAAUUGUACUCAAGGAUGGGAAAGGAAGUCAUAUCUGCUGUUAAGAAAGGUGGUCCAAGUUCUAUUUCAAAUACGGUUCUGGCUGCUGUACUUGAGAAAGCCAAGGAGCUGGAUGUACCCAAAGAUAUUUUGGAACGCAACAUUAAGAGAGCUACUGAGAAGGGACAAGAGGCUUACAUUGAGAAAAUAUAUGAGGUUUAUGGUUAUGGAGGAGUUAGUAUGGUAGUUGAAGUCCUUACGGAUAAAAUUAAUCGAUCUGUGGCAUCUGUUAGAGAGGUUGUGAAGGACUAUGGAGGAAAGAUGGCAGAUCCAGGAUCUGUUAUGUUCAAGUUCAGACGUGUUCGUGUUGUAAAUAUAAAAGUCACAGAUGCUGACAAAGACCAGCUCCUUGCCAUUGCUUUAGAUGCUGGUGCUGAGGAUGUUAUUGAACCCCCUGUUUAUGAAGAUGAUACUGAUGAAGAUAGGUCAGAAAGCUAUUAUAAAAUUGUAAGUUCGGCUGAGAACUACCCAGCCAUACUAUCAAAGCUACGUGAGGAAAGAAUAAUGUUUGAGACUGAUAAUGGAUCUGAGUUGCUUCCCAUAAGCACUAUAGAGGCAGAUGAAGAAGCUAUGGAUUUGAACAAGGAACUUAUGUCUAAAUUACUUGAGCUUGAUGAUGUUGAUGCUGUUUAUACUGACCAGAAGUGAUCAAAGCUGUAUCUUCUAACACCAUCUCAACAAUUGAAUUUUAGGUUUUGAUGCUUUCAUGACAGUCUUCAGAAUAUUUUAUUUUUCCAGAGUGUGGAGUCUUCAUUUGACUAUGUAACUCUGACGGCCUCACUGUUGUUCGGAGAGCAAGUCUUGGCUUGGGCCUUCUUUGAUGUGGAGGAAAGGUAGAGCCGUAGAGGUAGGGAGGGAUAUUAUAUACUUUCAUAUAUGAUUACUGAAACUGGAAGAAAACAGAGAGCUGAAUUUACCCAUUUGUUUUGGGAUGAUUAAUCAUUUGAUUUUGUCUAAUUAGUAAUAGGAAAAGGAGUAGUUCCUGAUACAUCAUUUAAGCCCUUCAAAUUUCAAUGCAACCAUAUUCUCUCUCUCAGGUUAUUGAAUUGUAAUGUUUUUUAAUCUUUCUGUUCAAACUGGAAAAGAACUAUCUCCUACUCCUAGUGGGAUAUGAACCAAAA